AAUUUGCACCGUCGUGAACAUCAUGCAUCUGCUGCUCCCAAUUGCGACCACGUGUGCCGCCCUUACAUCCGUCCUCGCGCAAGUUCCUAUUCCAACAGCUCCCCUCGGCUUCACGUACGGCCAUGGGUCGGCUGAUGCGACGGUACAGCUCGAAGUCUUUGUCGACCUUCUCUGUCCUGAUAGCAAGGCUGCCCAUCCUGCUCUGAAACACCUCGCUGGAAACUUGUCGUCAAGUCAGUUCCGACUUCGUAUACACCAAUUUCCAUUGCCAUACCACCACCAAGCGUUCCCGAUUGCUCAAGCGACGCAUACGAUCACGCAUGCAUUGGGACGGGAUACGUUUGCCAAGUGGAUGGACACUGUCUACGACGUGCAAGAAGAGUAUUGGAACGAACAAACGGAAGACAUGGGCCAAAAGCAAGUCACGGCAAAGAUUGAAUCGUUGGCAAAGUCGACGUUUCCCUCUCUCACGGAUGCGCAGUGGAAGGACGGCAUGACCGGACAUGGAGGUACCGAACGAGACUCGGACACCCGCACGGAAUGGAAGCAUGCAUGCACUCGAGGCAUCUCUGGCACACCGCAGUAUCUUCUCAACGACGUGCCCAUCAACGCGGAGCCCACUUGGACGUUCGACGACUGGAUGGCUUUCUUGGAGCCCUUGUUGCAUCCCCAAAACGAAGCCGCAGUGCAGUUGAGCUCGAACACACUACCCAAGGCACAAAAAGAGCAUGAAGUGUCCACGGCAUCGUCACGUCGUGAUGCUGCAUUGCCAGCUUCGUCUGACUUUACGUCCAAGGGAUGGGAUGUAGCGGGUUACGUCGGAGCGGGCUUGGUGCUGGGGGUUGGCGUUGUAUUGACGGUUCAACGGUUGGACAAGGGGUACCAGCGUGUGCAGUGAGCAAGCGAGCAUUCAGCGUAUGUGUUGAACACAUUGUAACAGUCUCUUGUGGUGUGCGACGACAAUGUGUUCAUAUCAAGACCAUACAUACAUAGUACAUGGUUAAGGAUAAAGUAAAACAUAUAUU